AUGAAGGUGACAUCGAACCCACAAUCAUCAAAUGUUGUAAUGGAAAGAACCACCGGAGUUGCGACGGUCUCGGCGUCGCAGGCGAAGAUGGAAAGUGUUUACGAGAGGGUGCACCACCUGGCUAACGGAAAUGCGGUGGUGGUGUUCUCUGUGAGUGGCUGUUGUAUGGGCCAUGUAGCCAAACAGCUUCUUCUCGGGCUCGGCGUCGGUCCGACGGUGGUGGAGCUGGAUAGAGAGACGGCGGGGCUGGAAAUCCAUGCUUUGCUCUACCGACUUGCCACCGGAAACGAGCAGCAGCAACCAAUUCCGGCCAUCUUCGUCGGAGGAAAAUUUCUUGGUGGCAUAGAAACACUCAUCGCUUGCCAUAUCAAUGGCACUCUUGUUCCUCUUCUCAAGGACGCCGGAGCUCUUUGGCUUUAA